AGACACGCCUCCAGAGGUUUGGUGUCCUGGUUGCCGGUGAGUGAGUUAGUGACACCGCCUGUGUUGGUGGAAGUGGAAGUGUCCCCAGUGGAGACCCCGAUGUGAGAAGAUGACUCCAGUGGCUGCUGUCCUUGUCCUUUGGAUUGUGACAUACAUUACUACACCGGUGGACAGCUACCCUGAUGGAAAAGUAACACGAGUCUGCGACUCAAUGAUCCCUCAGCAUCGUCAUGAUCCACAAUCAGGGGCCAUCCAUAAUAUAACCGUGGAUAAAACCACAUUUAAACCUGGAGAUCAGAUUAAAGUCACGUUAUCGGGUUCACGGUUUGAUGGAUUCUUUAUCCAAGCGAGGGAUGCCAGUCAUUUGGAAGGCAGUGCAGUAGGUUCCUUCUCCUUAAUUGAUGAUAUGAUCUCCCAGCUUCUUACUUGUGGCAGCGUACAGGAUUCUGCAGUCAGUCAGACAAACAAGAGGAGGAAGACUAUGGUGGAAGUGUAUUGGAUUGCCCCCAGCAAUGCUCCACAGCAUGUCCAAUUCCUAGUCACCGUUGUUGAAAAAUACUCCAUUUACUGGGUGAAAAUUCCAGGACCAAUUGUUUCUCAAACUACUCCUCCACCUGUCAUACAGAUUUCAACUACUACUGCAUUACCAAUACCAACCAAGUCGGCUCUAACACAGCGGUUCAGCGCAUCUGAAUGUGGCCGCAGUAGAUUCUGCGUAAGGAAUCCAACUUCUUGUGACCCUGAGCGGGAUGUAGAGUGCUUUUUCUUGUCCUUCCAGAAGAAAGCCAACUCCAUGCAGAUUGAAUUGAGCGGACCAGCGAAAGGUUAUGUGUCGUUUGCCUUGUCACAUGAUCAGUGGAUGGGUGAUGAUGACUACUACUUGUGUGUGAUAGAUGGCCAGAUGGUUGAUGUAAACCCAGCAUACACUACAGGACGGACGCACCCAGAAACAGCAUCUCCGGGUGUUCUGCAGGACGUUGCAUGGCGUGUGGCAGACGGAGUCCUUCAAUGUUCUUUCCGCAGGGCCAUCCGGAUCCCAUCAUCUUUAGAGAGAUUUCCUUUAAAUGGCAGUUACUACAUAUUCUUAGCUGACGGAGAUGCAGAGAAUGGACUGAUCAGAAGACAUCAUAGACAACCCCUAAUAACCAACAAAAUGUUUAAUAUUAGCGGAACUCCCGAGGAUGUUGGAGGAUCACGAUCUCCGAUACUCAUAAAAUUUCAUGGUGCUAUGAUGUUCCUGGCCUGGAUGACCACGGUUAGCAUUGGUGUUCUUGUUGCCCGCUUCUUCAAACCUAUCUGGCCAACAUCGACAGUGUUUGGAGUAAAAAUAUGGUUCCAGGUGCAUCGUGUUCUUAUGGUGACCACAGUGAUGCUAACAGCUGUGGCUUUUGUACUUCCUUUCUUAUACCGUCGUAAAUGGAGUAAUCGGGCAGGUUAUCAUCCGUAUUUGGGCUGUGUUGUUAUGGCUUUGGCAGUUCUUCAGCCUGUGAUGGCAAUCUUCAGACCUCCGCCUCACAGUCCCAGGAGGUCAAUUUUCAAUUGGACGCACUGGGGAGGUGGCACAGCUGCCAGAAUUAUAGCAGUGGCUGCAAUCUUCCUGGGUAUGGACUUGCAAGCUCUGGACCUCCCAGAUCCUUGGGACACCUACACGAUGGUUGGCUUUGUACUAUGGCAUGUCUGUAUAGACAUCUUGCUGGAGCUGCACAGUUUCUGUCUCCUGCGCAGUGAAUCAGGAAAAACAGAUGAUGAUCAGGCUUGGAUACUAAAUCCUUCCUUUACUGGGGAAGAGGGACACACCUUUAAGAAGAUUGUGCUGACAAUAUACAUCUGUGGAAACGUUGCCUUUUUGAUAACAUUCCUGGCUGCAAUCUACCAACUUUGACCACACUCAG